UUUGCCGACUUUAAUGACUUAAAAGUAGCGAAAAAGUAGAGGCUCUGCCAUCAACCGAACCCAACGUUAGAGAGAGAGAGAGAGAUAUCAGAGAUGUUUCUCUUUAUCUCUCUAACUUUCUCUCUGUAUUGGAUAUAGGAGUAUAGAGAAUGAAAAAGCAGAGUAAAAAAUAGGAGCGAAAGGAAAAGGUGAAUUCCGUGCGCUCUGCCUUUUUACAGGCAGCGGUUGCGUGUGAAAAAGCAGAUAUUUGGUUGAAGAAAGAGAAACCAACCCCCACUCGCUUUUUUCAAAUUUUUUUUAAAGAAAGAUAGUCAGGAAAGGUAGAGAGAGAGGGCACAGUCAAUCGUCGGUCAGCAGCUGAGAGAGAGAGAGAGAGGAGAAGUAGACGGGGGAAAGGAGAGCACAGAUGGCACUGUCCCAGAAAGCAAUGUCUGGAAAUCCUCACAACACCUCUCUCUCUCUCUCUCUCACACAGAGAUCCAACGAGGUAAAUAUAAGAUGAAUUGAAACAAAAUUCUCUCUUUCAAAUGCUUUCAGACAAAAACCCAAUUGCAUUUUCAUCUCUCUCUACCUAUAAAAGCAAAACCCAACUGCAAUUUCUUCUCUCUCUCCCUCUCUCUCUCUCUCUCUCUAAAGAAAAACCCUUUUGCAAUUUUCAUCUAUUGCUCUCUUGAGAACAAAACCCAAUAGAAAUUUUCAUCUAUUUCUCUAUUGAGAACAAAACCCAGUUGCAAUUUUCCUCUAUUCUCUCUCUCUCUCUAAAAAAAUGCUUUCAAAGGAAAAGGUGAAAACCCAACUUGGCUUUUUUUCAUCUACCUUCUUUCUUGCUUUGGGUUACAGAUAGUGCUGUUUUCCAUUUCGAGGUUUAUCGGUUUCCCUUUCUCACUUGGUGUAAUUUCUAUCUUUUUACCGCUUUUGUUUUUGUUGGGUAUUUGAGAAGCUGCUAUUGAAAAUUGAAAAGAAAAACAAAGGCGGUGUUCAUCGCCGGAGGCUCUCUGAGACGGUGAGAGAUGCAAUUUUCGUGAAGUAGAACAUUUUAUCUUUCCUUUUCUAUUGAAUUCUCGCCGAAAGAACUCUAGAUCUGAUUUGGGUCCUCCGCAUAUCACUUUAACGGUCUGAUUCGUUGUCUGGAGCCAGUGAAUUUUCCUUGAAAGUGAGGAUUCUUUCCGAAUCGAAACGUUCCCACAGCCGAAAAUCAGCUUCAAGCUGCCAGAAAGGGGAUUCUUGCUUGUAGGAAAAUUGCAAAGGAGGAGGAGAAAAGGAGGGAUUUGGGUCUUUCGCUAUUUGAGAUGAUGUCUUUGAAGCUCUUAUUGGAUUUGAAGGAUUUUAAGUACGGGUUGAAGCUUCAGCUGUAGAUUGGAAUCCGAAGAAACGUCGAUUGAUAAGGUUUCAAGAUCGAAAAUCGAAUUCUGAGUGAUUUCAGUUUGGGGGAUUCUUGUUUUGGAUUGAAAAGGUAUUGAAUUCGGGAGCGAUGAGAGCCGGAUUAAGCACGAUCCAGCAAACCCUAACGCCGGAGGCGGCGAGCGUCCUCAACCAUUCGAUUGCAGAGGCCGCCCGUCGGAACCACGGUCAGACCACCCCGCUCCAUGUCGCUGCCACACUCCUUGCCUCGCCGUCAGGGUACCUCCGGCAGGCCUGCAUACGGUCUCACCCAAAUUCAUCACACCCGCUCCAAUGCCGGGCGCUCGAGCUCUGCUUCAGCGUCGCCCUGGAACGGCUCCCGUCUGCCCAGAACCUCUCACCAGGCCUGGAGCCGCCAAUCUCAAACGCACUGAUGGCGGCCCUCAAGCGUGCCCAGGCCCACCAGCGACGUGGCUGCCCAGAGCAGCAGCAGCAACCUCUCUUGGCAGUGAAGGUUGAGCUCGAGCAGCUCAUCGUGUCGAUCCUUGAUGACCCGAGUGUCAGCCGGGUCAUGCGAGAGGCAAGCUUCUCGAGCCCUGCCGUCAAGGCCACCAUUGAGCAGUCAUUAAAUUCAGCUGGCACUGCGAGCUCAGGGGCAAUUGGUGGGGGGCUGGGAUUCCGCCCAGCCCCGCUGGUGAACCGGAAUCUGUAUCUGAACCCUCGGCUGCAGCAGGGGAGCCUCGAGCCAACCGGGCAGCAGAGGAAGGAGGAGGUGAAGCGAGUUAUCGAUAUUAUGUUGAGAUCAAAGAAACGGAAUCCGGUUUUGGUUGGGGAAUCAGAGCCGGAGGCGGUGAUGAGAGAGCUCCUUCAGAAGAUUGAGAAGAGGGAAAUAGGUGAAGGACUGCUUCAGAAUGUACAGGUGGUAUCUUUGGAAAAGGAAUUUGGGUCUGAUCGGUCGCAGAUCCCAGCAAAGCUGAUUGAAUUGGGGAAUUCAUUCGAGACUCGAAUCAAUAGCGGUGGCGGCGUGAUUCUUGAUUUAGGGGACUUGAAGUGGCUCGUCGAGCAGCCAGCGGGGUUUGGUGUUACGGGCACAGGCCCGCUUCAGCAGAUUGUAUCAGAGGCAGGCCGCACAGCAGUCGCAGAGAUGGGGAAGCUGCUGACAAGGUUCGGAGAGGGAGGCGGUAGUGGUGGUCGGCUAUGGCUGAUCGGGACCGCGACGUGUGAGACCUAUCUGCGGUGCCAGGUCUAUCAUCCGUCGAUGGAGAAUGAUUGGGACCUGCAGGCGGUUCCAAUUGCUGCGAGAUCGCCAGUUCCGGCACUAUUUUCGAGGCUCGGCAGCAAUGGAAUUCUAAGCAGCUCAGUCGGGUCUCUCACCCCUUUGAAGGGUUUUCCGAUGGUGGGAGCUCCUCUCCCAUCAAGACGCCCAUCUGAGAACUCAGAUCCAUCCCGAGGAAGUAGCUGUUGCCCGGCUUGUAUGGGGAACUACGAGCAAGAACUGGCCAAACUCAGCAUGGAGUUUGAGAAAUCCUCUUCGGAUGCCAAAACAGAAGCGCGGCCCACCUUGCCACAAUGGAUGCAGAUUGUAAAGCAGAACAAUGCAGAUUCCAAACUGGCCGAUCAACCGCAGACUAAGGAUCAAGAACUCGCCUGGAAGCAGAAGACUGAAGAAUUGCAGAAGAAAUGGAAUGAAACGUGCCGUCAUCUCCACCCCAGUUUCCAUUCAGUUGCUGGGUCCCUAAGGCCGGCAACGAUGGCCCAGCCGGUCCCAAGCUUAUACAAUCCCAAUCUGACCGGGCGCCAGCCUUUCCAACCCAAGUUACAGCUCACCCGUACCCUACCCACCUUGCAGAUGGGCCACAUUCCUCAAUCAAAUCCAACCAACCAUCCAGUCACCCCGCCUGGAAGCCCCGUAAGGACUGACCUUGCUCUUGGGCGGCAAAAGAUCCCCGAGAAUUCUGUAGAGAAAACCCACAAAGAGCGGAUCAAGGAUUUUGCAGGCUGCAUUCCUUCUGAAUGGCAGGACGGGUUAUCCAACCAGCAGGGUGAGAAGCAGGCCAAUGCAUUGGACGCUGACUCUUUCAAGAGGAUUUUCAAGGGCCUCACGGAGAAGGUUGGGUGGCAGCCAGAAGCUGCAUCAGAAGUGGCCAUGACGAUCAUACGGUGCAAAUCUGGCAAUGGGAAACGGCGUGGGCCAGGGGCAAAAGGCGACACAUGGUUGCUGUUCCUUGGCCCUGAUAAGGUUGGUAAGAAGAAGAUGGCAUUGGCGUUGUCGGAGCUGGUGUGUGGCACCAAUCCAAUCACCAUCCAUCUUGGGUCACGGUCAGGCGAUGACGAGGAAUCAGGUGUGAAUUUCCGUGGGAAGACAGUGCUUGAUCGGAUAGUGGAGGCAGUGCGGCGGAACCCCUUCUCAGUGGUCGUGCUCGAGGACAUGGACCGCGCUGAUAUGCUAGUCCACAGCAGCAUCAAGCGUGCGGUGGAGAAGGGACGGCUGACAGAUUCGCAUGGGCGGGAGGUCGGGCUGGGGAGUGUGAUCUUCAUCCUAACCGCCGAUUGGUGGCCAGAGAAUCUCAAGGGCCCACCAAAUUCUACCCCACACAGUGAGGAGAAGCUCAUGGCAGUGGCGAGCCACGGGUGGCAGCUGCAGAUAAUGGUCAGUGGGAAGACGGGCAAGCGCCGGGCUGAAUGGGGGUGGGACGCUGAUGAUGACAGGCCCACAAAGCCAAGGAAAGAACCCAGCUCGCCCGGACCGGGCCUGUCGAUCGACCUCAAUUUAGCAGCAGAUGUCACCACUGAUGAGGAUGGUGCUGAAGGGUCCCGCAAUUCAAGCGAUCUGACCGUUGAGCACGGGCAUGAUCGCGGCAGCGGCCCAGCGAACAGAUGGAUGUUACCGCCGCUGUCAAUGCCACCCACCGAGAUUAUUGAAUUGGUCGAUGAGAGGAUCGUUUUCAAGCCGGUCGACUUCGGCCCACUCCGGGCGAAGGUGGCCACGACGAUCGCCAACAGAUUUUCCAGCAUCGUGGGCGAUGGACGGUCGAUCCAGGUGGGGGAUGAGGUGCUGGACCGGAUCGUGGGUGGGGCAUGGUUCGGUGGGGCCGGUUUGGAUGAGUGGGUGGACCGGGUUCUGGUCCCCGGUUUCCAGCAGUUGAAGGGGCGAGUACCGUUGGGCGAUGACUGUACGGUCGUGAAGCUGGUGCCGGUGAAGGGCGGGCACGUGCCGGUUCCGGAGGCGAGGAAGGAUGGGGAUUGGCUGCCGAGUAAGAUUAAUGUCGUUGUAGAAGGGCUGUAGCCGGUAAGAAAUGCGAAGCGUAAUUUCAGGAAUUUUUGGGGGUAGAGAUGUAAAUAUGUUCACGGGGUCUGGGGUAGUUUUUUUUUCUUUAAUUUGGAUUUUCAGAUUUAUUUUAUUACUAUUGUUAUUAAUGUGGAUGAUUAAUAACUAAUAAGAUUUUCUCUCUCUCUCUCUCUC